GGCGCAGUCUGUCUGUGCGAAGCCAUCAAUGCGCAACGCAAGUGAUUGGAUCAAGUCCUCUCUGAAUCUGCGACAGAAACUGUUGUGGGCUUGUCGACGAUGGUCAAGCGCAAAGAUAGAACCGGUCGCAGGCAAAUCUUGCAACUCAAGGAGGAACAGAGUCGUCCGUACUCACAACUGACGAAGAGCGUCAGUCAGGGUCUGUCUUCUCUGGUCACGAGCUACGACGACAGCGACGAGUCGGACUCUGAAGAGGCAAAGCGGAAAAAGCCGGCGGAGUCUGGCAAUGGUUUGGUGGCAAAGGAUGCAAUCGACGAACAGCUGGCUGACUUCUUGAAGGAGAUUGACGCCAUCUCGUCGGUUUCUCAAGCCGAGAAGGAAAAUGCAGACGACGGCCAGGCCGGCGGCUCCGGCUUCGGCUUGGCGACCGACCCAGUGCCGCCACCGCCCGAACCCGUGGUGGAAUCCGAGCACCGGGAACUCAACGACAAAGGGACCACAGCGCCAAAGCUGUCCGCGGCCGAGCUGACCGCAGCUGAGCCGACUGCGUCCGAGCCGACGUGCGUGUGGAUCGAGUGCAUGGACGACGCGACGGGCUACAUCUACUACUGGAACCAGGAGACCAACGAGGUUACCUGGGAACGCCCGCCCGAGUACGAGGCCUACCUGGCGCUCUUUGCCCAGUACCAGGAGGAUCCCGCUGCGCCAAACGGGGAUGGCGGUGGUGUCGGCGGCGGCACCGGCGUCGGCUCACUCGGCACCCACGAGGGCGUCGUCACCGCGGCAGCGGACAGUUUUGAGGCACCGGAGGCCCAUCGGGUGGCUCGCGACGAGGCUCCUUCAAAGAAGCGCAAGCUGGAGCCACAGAUUGGGAAGAUCAUACCAAUCACGUCUUACGGAUCUUCUGACGGUAGUUCUUCGGAAGAAAGCGAUGGCGGAGCAUCAGCAUCUUUGAUGAAAACUAGUCGCUUAUCCAAGAGACAGAAGGGCUUAUCAUCCGUCAAGGCUGCUAAACUUCGACGGUCGUCACACAGUCCAGAGGCUCUGAUUGGCCCUCAGCUACCUGAGACAUUGAUUGGCCCACAACUUCCUGAAGUAAUAAUUGGCCCUCAGCUUCCCAAAGCCACAAUUGGCUCUCAACUCCCUGAAACAAUGAUUGGCCCUCAACUCCCUGAAACAAUGAUUGGCCCUCAACUCCCUGAAACAAUGAUUGGCCCUCAGCUUCCUGAAGUAACAAUUGGCCCUAACCUCCCCGAAACAAUUAUUAGCCCUCAACUUCCUAGGGUAAUGAUUGGGCUGCAACUGCCAGAAGCAAUGAUUGGCCCUCAGCUCCCACAAACGGCGACAGAUUAUCAACUACCAGAUGCUGUGAUUGACCCUCAGCUUCCCGAAGCAACGAUCGGUCCCCAACUACCGGAGGUUAUGAUUGGCCCCCAGCUUCCCGAAGUCAUGAUUGGUCCCCAACUCCCAGAUGAAGAGAUUGGUCCACUGCCUUUGGGGGAGACAAUAGCCCCUCGACUUCCAGAGACGGUGGUCGGCCCGCAGUUGCCUUCUGGGGAUGGUGCCAUUCCGGAUCCUCUCGCUCCGCAGUCCCCAGUGCCACUCGAACCCGGAACUGAUGACUCAGUUUUCUUACCUUCACAACUAGACGAGGCGGAAUUGGAAGCGGCUUCUGUUUCAUGCUGUGCUGAACCAAGCGGCGAUUCGGCGCCAAGUUCUCAACUUCCAUAUUCGUCGAAUUGUGCCAAUGAGUCGGCCGCCCAAUCGCCCGACCGUUCGACAUCUGCCCUCGCCGCGCUCGUCGAUUACCCCGGAUCGCCGGCACUCGAGGAGGGAGAGAUUGUUGACGAUGAAGACGAGGACGUGUGUGCCGACGGGAAACUGGUGCCGGUGACGUACCCCGUGAUGGUUGGUGCCAGGUUUCAGUUUGGUGCCGCUGAAGAGACUGCCCGCGUUGAGAGCGGCCCCGUGACUGCAGACUCCACACUUGAUUCCGCGACGGGGCGUGACGAAAGAAAUCCGGUGUCGGCACGGACUUCGAAAACCUCUCGUAAAAGUGUCAAGGAUGCCGAGGACACCUCGCGGCACCUGGUGUCAUACGGUGAUUCCGAGAGCAGCGAUGGAGACGACGAUCUGUCCGGAGGUCGGGACUCCAUCGCAGCGCCGGCCGCAGCCCCGAAGAACGAGUCCUGCGACGAAGUCGCGCGACCAAGAAAAGGUCUCGAGCCCGCAACGAGACGGAGGCGAGGGACAAAAAGGGCCACCUUCACGAAGAUCGCCUUUGUCCGGUCCGAUGAGGUGCUCGUGCUGAGUGAGUGCGGGAAAUCCGCAAGCGCCGGCACCUCCGAAGACGGCCGGCGGACCGAGAGUUCGGCCGAGAGCGAGGAAGUGGAUGACUUCGACGACGUCGAGCGGGCGCUCGACAGAGCCCUGAUGGAAUCGAGGAAGAAAGAAGCGGCCAAGACAGAGGGGAAGGGGGAAGUUGUGUCCAGGAAUGCCGACGAGCGAGACGACGCAGACGUAAGCACCACCAGACCCCAACCACCCGACGGCAAGGGCCUGGUUGAAGAGGUCGACGACUUACCAACGAGCUCGGACACGUCUCGCCCCGUAGCAACCACAAAGAUUGCAGAGGAGAUCAGCAAGGAGGAAAAGAAGUCAGUCGAGCCCAGUGUCACUGUUGGACCAUCCGGUGCACCGGGUGCUCCUAGUGUUGCCCAAGCGGUGGACAUAGAGCGUGCCCACGGCCUGCUGAUGGACCAGCUGGGCCUGCUGCACGAGGGCCCGGACCAGCGCAGCUCCCUCAUGGACCUGCUCGUGCAGACACGGACCCGCAUGGAGGACUGGCGGGCGGGCGCCCUGGACCCCGACUACCUGCUGCUGAAGCUGCACGAGACGCGCCUGGCCGUCGCGCGGCUCCAGAAGGCAGCCGUCUCGGAGCCCCCUCUCCCCAGGGGCUGGCAGAGGCACUGGGACAGCGGCCACGGGAGAUACUUCUACACACAGUUGCGGACCGGGCGAUCCCAGUGGGAGUUCCCAACAGUCGCCGCUGCCGCCGCCACCGCCGCUACCGCCACCGCUCCGACGGUUGAAAACGGCAGCAACGGCGUUGAGGCAACGGAUGUCGAUCCAGCGUCCUCGGCGGAGCGGAUCGUGUUAUCCGUGGAGCCCGAGCCCGAGCGACCGCCACCCGCCGAUACCGGCGAGCAAAGGACACCGGAACGAGUCGAGGGGCUCGAAAGUGCCCGGAGCGGCGGAGAGGCCGUCGAAAAGUGUUCUGCGCCUGUGUGGAACCCUUCUGCCCAUGCCCAAGUGGUGGCAGAGCCCGUGUUGUGCGUUCCGUCGGAGGAACAUUGGAGUGCCGGUCCCAGCGUUCCAGCGGAGCGAGAAGACGUGCCGCCCGCUCAGCCGUCUCCGGCGGUCCUAAAGAAAAAGAAGACAAAGGUGUCUGCUGGCCUGGCCCUGCGAAAGAAGAACAUCCCUUCACUCCUGGAGAAGUGGGAGAAGAUAAAGGAAGAGCAGCAGCUCUGAGGUCAGGCGUACAUGUGGCAACUUCCACUCGUCCGUGCUAUAGUUUCCGAGCGCCUCGAGUGGAAGAUACAGAUCGUGUUGGUUGUACA